AUGGUCGAGACGGCAAUGGAAGAACCGAUAGCCCAAGGGCUGAUAAAAAGGGCAGAGUUCGACCGCUGUUUGGAACCCACAAAAUCUGGCACGGCGGUUGUGGCUAGUGGUCUUAGUCCCGAAGACGGGGUGUUUGUGCGUUCAGAACUAUCUCGUGCGCUCGAAUCACUCGUGCCGGAUGGGGGUCUACGAAGAAAGUCGAUUGAGGCCCUUCGGUUGAUCGGUGUGAAGCCUGCAUUCGUCAGUCGUCUCGGCAACAGCGGAGCAGAACUGAAGGAAAACACGACCGAGGAGAUCCGAAAUGCUCGGGUGUAUCGUCGUGCGUACUCAGCCUUUCAAUUCCGAGAUCUCUGCAAUGAGAUGCCCAUCCAUGAUGUCAGUCUGAAAUACAGCGUUCCUCGAGGUCAGGUUCAGAAUCUGUCUCAAACGUGUCACGGUUUUGCGGCAGGGAUGAUCAAGUUCUGCGAACGCAUGAAUUGGGGCAUGCUAGGCGCGGAACUGGAGCACAUGCUCGAUCGUCUUCGGGCGGGAGCUCGAGCAGAUCUGCUUGAGAUGGUCGAGGUCUCGUUUGUGAAGAGCCGCAUGGCGCGAAUAUUCUGGGGAAAUGGCUUCCGGAGUGUGAGGGCAAUGAGUGAGGCCGAGCCUCGGAAUCUGGUUCCUAUUAUGGCGCAAGCUCAAGCACGAAAAUUGCGGUUAGAAGGCAAAGCAGUAGAGAAGCUUAACGCCAAGCUGAUGGUCAAGGCCGAAAUCAUUGUGAACAGUGCCAGUCGGCUGUGGGAAAGACAGCAAAUAGUGCAAUGGGAAGAAGAAGAGUGA